AUGAAGAUCAUUUUCACAUUAUUUAUUGUGUUAUUUCUUCUUGCUCAAGAACUGUGUGCUUUUAAGCUUCGUCCUUUUCACUUAACUAAUGGAUAUGAUGUCCAUGUUGUGAAUGGGCUCCCAGAUAGUCCCAACCCAUUAUGGGUUCAUUGUGCUUCAAAAGAUAACGAGUUGGGUACACGAAUUUUACAUGUAAAUGAAGAUUUUCAUUGGCAUUUCUUCGAAGGAGUUUUUGGUGAAACUUUGUUCUUCUGUCACUUCUGGUGGGGCUCAAAGCAAAUGGCUUUUGAUGUUUUUAAAAACCCAACAGAUUGUGAAAGAGGUGAUCCUAAAGCCGAUCAUAAUCAAUGCUAUUGGGUUGUAAAAGCAGAUGGGUUUUAUUUUUCCAAAAUAAACCCUCCUUCCCCCUCUGAUUUGAAGAAAAGAAAUGACUGGGCCUGA